AUGAUUCUCAAUGAGACAUUCAUACCAUACCGCAAGGCGGCCCGCUAUCUGUGGAAGAAGAUGCUCGAUGAAGGCAUCGAAUUCCCUGAAAUCGGAAUUGUCUGUGGGAGCGGUCUUUCCGAGUUGUCAAAUACAUUGGAGGGCAAGACUAUGACUGUCAAGUACGGCGAUAUCCCAGGGUUCCCUGAGCAUUGUACCGUCCCUGGUCAUAAGGGAGAAGUCGUCUUUGGAAAGCUCAGCGGGAUUCCGGCCAUUUGCUUUCGAGGUCGGUUCCAUUCCUACGAAGGUCACGACAUGAAAACCGUCGUCCUUCCCAUCAACGUCAUGAGAUGCCUCCAAGUCAAGGUUGUCAUUCUCACCAAUGCAGCAGGAGGCCUAAAUCCAGACUAUAAGGUUGGCGAUGUCAUUUGCGUGAGUGAUCACUUUGCCAUUCCCCAAUUGGCCGGAAAGAACGCCCUGGUUGGUCCCAACGACGACGAAAUGGGGCCGAGAUUUCCACCGACGAGCAAUGCGUAUAGCGAAGAGCUCCGCGCAAUGGCCAUGAAGGCAGCAAAAAAUCUAAAACUCGAUUUUGUCAAGUCUCAUGGUACCUACUGCUUUGUAUCUGGACCAAUGUAUGAGAGCAAAGCAGAGUGUCGAUUCCUCAGAAUGCUCGGAGGAGACACGGUCGGAAUGUCCACAGCUCCAGAGGCUGUGACGGCUCACCAUUGCAACAUGCAAGUGCUUGUUUUGUCCAUGGUGACCAACAAGGUCGUUAUCGAAGGAGAUGAGGGACCAGUUGCAAGUCAUGCCGAAGUGCUUGAAGCUGUUCAAAUGCGAUCGGUCCAAAUGCAAUCUUUGGUAAAGGGCAUCAUUGAUGUUCUAAGUAAGGACCAUUUUCUCGAGAAGAUUCCAGAAUUGCCACCAGUUAAACUUCACGACGGCAAGUUCAAAACCGCAUCUGCCAGCGUAGAAAGUAGUUUCAAGAGUGAAACGCUUAUUGUGGGGGCGGUGUGUCUGGCGGCUGGCAUCCUAUUUGGUUCUCUUGCAAAACGCUAA